UCGCAAGACCCGGGAGGUGCAGUUGCCCCCGCCGUGUCCCGGCUGCUCCCGCGCCUGCGAGCCGCGGCGCGGCGGGUCCCGGCAGGGGAGCUGCGCGCCUACACCCCUCGGCACCCCCAGGACGCGGCCUCGGACAGGUGAAUGGAAGCCAUCUUUGUCAUCUAGAAAAGAUUUUGUGAGCCAUUGAGGCGGUUUUCCGAAGAGAGGCACUCUCCCAUGGAGUGACUCCCAGGGCUUCAUGCAGUCAUGGAUACAGAUAAACCAUCUGUCUGGGGCUCUUUGAAACAACGCACCAGGCCUUUGUUAAUCAACCUGAGCAAGAGGAAGGUGAAAAAGAAUGCAAGCAAGCCCCUAGACCUAAGGGCAAGGCGUCCCCUAGACCGCCGCCUCAGCCUUUCUGUGCCUGACCUCCUGGAGGCCGAGGCCUUGGCUCCAGAGGGACGACCAUACUCUGGGCCACAGUCAUCCUAUACCUCAGUGCCCAGCAGCCUGUCCACUGCGGGGAUCGUCCCCAAGAGCAGCAGUAGCUCCCUGAAACAGUCUGAAGAAGAAUUGGAUUGGAGCCAGGAGGAAGCGGGCCACCUCCAUGUGGGAGAAACAGACUCAGAGGAGGCCUACGCCUCUCCCGCCGAGGACCGGAGGCCUUCCAGCAAUGACAUCUUGGAUCUGCUCCAGAAAUCUCCCCUAGAAGAGGAUGCAUUGGAAGAGCAGGAGAAGCUGUGUGGAAGUGGGGAUCUGAAUGCUUCUCUGACAUCCCAGCAGUUUGAAGAACGAUCUAUGUUUGGGGAAGCUGGCGAUGGCCUAAGUAACCUGCCCAGUCCUUUUGCCUACCUCCUCACCAUCCACCUGAAGGAAGGCCGGAACCUGGUCAUCCGGGAUCGCUGUGGCACAAGCGAUCCCUAUGUGAAAUUUAAGCUGAAUGGGAAGACGCUGUACAAAAGUAAAGUCAUAUAUAAGAACUUGAAUCCAGUAUGGGAUGAGAUAGUUGUACUUCCCAUUCAAAGCCUUGAUCAAAAGCUCCGUGUGAAGGUAUAUGAUCGGGAUUUAACUACAUCUGAUUUCAUGGGUUCUGCAUUUGUUAUUCUCAGAGAUCUUGAGCUUAACAGGACGACGGAGCAUAUUUUAAAAUUGGAAGACCCCAACAGUUUAGAAGAGGACAUGGGGGUGAUUGUGUUAAAUUUGAACCUAGUAGUAAAACAGGGCGAUUUCAAGAGACAUCGUUGGUCAAAUCGGAAGCGGCUGAGUGCCAACAAGUCCUCUUUGAUACGCAGCCUGCGACUCGCAGAGUCCUUGAAAAAGAACCAACUCUGGAACGGGAUUAUAAGUAUAACCUUGUUGGAAGGGAAGAAUGUAUCAGGAGGCAAUGUGGCAGAGAUGUUUGUCCAGUUAAAACUGGGAGACCAGAGGUAUAAAAGUAAGACACUGUGUAAGAGUGCAAAUCCGCAGUGGCGGGAACAGUUUGACUUUCACUACUUCUCUGACAGGAUGGGCAUUUUGGACAUUGAAGUGUGGGGAAAGGACAGCAGAAAGCACGAGGAGCGUCUGGGCACGUGUAAAGUGGAUAUCGCGGCACUGCCGCUCAAGCAAGCCAACUGCUUGGAGCUGCCCUUGGAGAGCUGUCUGGGGGCCCUCCUGAUGUUGAUCACGCUCACUCCCUGUACUGGAGUCUCUGUCUCUGAUCUGUGCGUGUGCCCCUUGGCAGACCCCAGCGAAAGAAAGCAGAUCGCCCGGCGAUAUGGCUUACAGAAUUCCCUGAAAGAUAUGAAGGAUGUCGGCCUUUUACAAGUGAAGGUCUUAAAGGCAGUAGAUCUUUUAGCGGCAGAUUUCUCAGGGAAGAGUGAUCCUUUCUGCUUGUUGGAGUUAGGCAAUGACCGACUUCAGACACACACCAUUUACAAAAACCUCAACCCCGAGUGGAACAAAGUUUUUACCUUUCCUAUUAAAGAUAUCCAUGAUGUUUUGGAAGUGACAGUGUUUGAUGAAGAUGGAGAUAAACCUCCUGAUUUUCUUGGAAAAGUUGCCAUUCCCUUGCUGUCCAUUCAAGACGGACAACCAAAUUGCUACAUAUUGAAGAAUAAAGACUUAGAACAAGCUUUUAAAGGAGCUAUUUACUUGGAGAUGGACCUCAUAUAUAACCCGGUCAAAGCCAGUCUUCGGACCUUUACUCCCAGAGAAAAGCGCUUUGUGGAAGACAGCCGCAAGCUGUCCAAGAAGAUCUUAUCAAGAGAUGUAGACCGUGUGAAAAGAAUCACCAUGGCAAUGUGGAAUACAAUACAAUUCCUUAAAAGCUGUUUCCAGUGGGAAUCCACGUUACGAAGUGCAGUAGCAUUCGUGGUAUUUUUGGUCACGGUCUGGAAUUUCGAACUGUACAUGGUCCCCUUGGCCUUGUUACUCCUCUUCAUCUACAACUUCAUCAUCCUCACAAAAGGGAAGACCAACAGCAUCCAGGACGGCCAGGAGAGCACAGACGUAGACGAAGAGGAGUGUGACGAUGACAAGGAAUCCGAGAAAAAGGGGUUAAUUGAAAGAAUCUAUAUGGUACAGGAUAUCGUUUCAACUGUUCAAAACAUCUUGGAGGAAAUAGCUUCUUUUGGAGAAAGAAUUAAAAACACAUUUAACUGGACGGUCCCCUUCCUUUCCUUCCUGGCCUGUCUGAUCCUGGCAGUGGCCACUGUCACUUUGUAUUUUAUUCCACUCCGGUACAUCGUUUUAAUCUGGGGCAUAAAUAAAUUUACUAAGAAGCUUCGAAAUCCCUAUGCCAUCGACAAUAACGAGCUGUUAGACUUCCUCUCCAGGGUACCGUCUGAUGUUCAAAAGGUGCAGUACGCCGAACUGAGACCCUGUAGCAGCCAGAGUCCCCUUCGGAAGAAGCGCAGCGCCGUCUAGGACGCGCGCCAACAUUGGACACCAGCCCUCGAUUCCCCAUCGGGUUGAUUACACCAAGGCUAUCUCUGUUUCACCCGCGGUCCCCAUGAUGUCAUUUGGAAACGCGUGCUGUGUGGAGCCCUCCCUGGAUUCUCCCCGCUCCCCCACGUGCACCGAUGGGCAGCCUUGUGUGCACGUCCACGUGCAUGGGUGUACCAGUUGCCCAGCAGGUUGGCCCCUCCAAUGGAAAAAAGAUCCAAAGACUGCGAAAGACCGAUGCCCCUUCUCCAACAGAAGGGAAAGCAGGACUGCCAGGGGGCUGAAUGGCUUCUUCGAGAACAGCCGGGAUACCACCUGGAUUCCAGAGGGGUUUUGAACUUGUUAUCGGAUGCCCUCGAGAUUGUCCGGAAGAUCCAGUCAUGUCUACUCCCAUCUGCGCACUCCUUGCAGAUUAUUGUUCAUCGGAGUGCGUCGGUUUCUCUGAAUAGCCAUCAUCUCCCGAAAAAGUAUAUAUUAUAAGUAGAUUUUUUUUUUUAUAAUGACCAGGAUUAGAUCAAGUCUUUGGGAUUCUUUCAGCCGUGAUUAGUGAAGACAGAUAUGGAAGACUGUAGUCAACACCUCUGCGCUGGAUGCCAGCGUGUUUCACCGUCCAUUGCUGGCAAUGGAAGGCCCCGUUAGGUCCGAAAGGACCACUCGUCCACGAAGUCAAGCCUUCACGAGAGUGUUUGUUGCCUUAAAAACGCCAUUUCUUCUGACUUGACUUUGCAUCUUUCCAAAAUAAAAUGUCAAUAUUAUAGCUUCAGAAAGCAGGGGAUGGAUAAAUGAAUUCUGAAAGUAUUUAGAAAGGUAAAGGCUGGGGAGCAAGGGACUAAUUACUAAUCAAGCUGCUCACCUGAUAGUCGUAAUCACUUCAUUUGUCCGUGUUUUUGAGCAGAAAGUAAAAAUAAGUUAGCAGUCCGAAAUGGUCUUUUGUUCCUGAGCAAAAUAAGCUACACGCAAUCCAUCUUUAUCUCAGAACCCCAUUCCUAGAGAAGCACCAUCCCCAAAUCCUGAAGUGUAUCUGAUGCCUAAGCCCCCAUUUGACAGUACCCCCUCAAGUAAAAACCCCGAUUUUCUGCAUAUAUCAAUGAAUGCCAAUAUCUUUACGUUCAAAUGAUAUUUAAGUUGUAAAGACUGUAUUUUGUUGACACAUUGUGCAGUUUUAUAUAUAUUAUAUAUGUAUACGUAUUGUAAAGAAAAAUCGAGGGGAAAAGGACCGGAUUUAAUAGUGAGUUUUGUUAUUUUUUUUUCCCCUCUCUGGGUUGUAAUUUAAUAAUCUUCAAACAAAAUGUUUAUGAAAAAUGCCAAAGAUUCUAAACCUUAUCAUCCCGUGUCUGUUUUUCUUCAUAUUAUAUCUUCCUGGGUUUCUUUCUGGCUGAGCCAGAUUUCUGCAUGAUUUGAUUUGCUUCAAGUUAAUGAAGCUGGCUGGAAAAGAGCCUUGCAGAAAUUGUAAAAGCUCCAGUAAAUCUCUUAGUUGUACAUACAAUAGAUAUCCAAGAACCUCUUUUGUGAAACCAGUUACUCAAUCUUCUGUGUAAACAAUGCCUCAUUGUCUCGCUCCCAACUAUCAUGUAGUUUAUCACAGUCUGUCAUUUUGUAACGACCUCAGUCAGACAUUUUUAAACAGACAUGUGAGAUCUGAUCAGUCAUUUGAAUGAAAACUUUCAGCAAGCAAAAUAACCCCUUAUUUAUUUAAAACUAGAACCGAUACUUUAUCGUUGUUCAUUUUGCUAUAUCCGGUUUCAAAAUGACGUAAUUUAUCCCACAAGAAGCCAUCAGUAGGUACCCUUCUCCUCUCUGUAGCCCAACAGGAAUUCUGAGCAUUAAGUUUAGGACACAGAUGGCAGCUGGAAUUCGGGACCGAAUCAACCUUUAAUAAAUUGUAAAUGGAAAACAAUUGUUAAUUGAUUGAGGAGACUUUGAAGGUUCAAAAUGUUAGCAGUGAGGGGAAUGUGAGGAUGUGUAUAAAUAACCAAACUCAGAAGAAAGAUUCCAGAAUGCUUUAGAUAAAAUGUAUGGAUUGUGGAUUCACAGUAUGAUCAUUAAAGAGAAUUUAGUAGGAA